GAUGAUUUUAAAUGACACUGAUAUUUACUCUGAGAAUGUGCUUCUCUGUUAUCCACUCCUGCCGGACUCCUGUCCCAGAACUCAGCGUCUCCCUGCACUUAAAGUGGCGAUGUAUGCUGUCAUGGUGUUGAUGAUCCUCACCACAGUUUUUGGAAACCUGUUGGUCAUCAUCUCCAUCUCUCACUUCAAACAGCUUCAGUCUCCAACUCAUCUGAUCGUUCAGUCUCUUGCAGCUUGUGAUUGUCUGCUGGGUUCUUUGGUCAUGCCGUACAGCAUGGUGCGAUCUGUUGAAGGCUGCUGGUAUCUGGGAACUGUUGUGUGUAAAGUUCAUUCAAGUUUGGACAUGACUUUCAGCAUCUCCUCCAUAUUGCACCUCAGUUUAAUAGCUAUCGACAGGUUUUGGGCAAUUUCUGAUCCUUUAAGGUACAAAAUGAGAGUCACAAACACCACUGUGGCUGGGUUUAUCACAUUCACAUGGCUGUUUUCAUUUGUGUACAGCUUUUCUGUCGUGUUUACUGGUGUAAACAAUGUGGGUUUGGAGGAACUCAUAUUGCAGAUUUCUUGUUUUGGUGGAUGUGUUCUGUUCUUUAACAAAGAAUGGGGAUUAAUUUGUGCACUUUUUGUAUUUCUAAUCCCAGGAACUAUUAUGAGCUCUCUGUACAUGAGCAUCUUCAAUGUUGUGAAAAGGCAUGCAAAAGUUAUGUCUGAGAAAGUGUCCGCUGCUGCUACUGCAGGCAGUCAUUUCCAAACCUCUUCACACAGAGAAAGAAAAGCAGCUAAAACUCUGGCCAUUGUCAUGGGGGUUUUCUAUCUCUGCUGGCUGCCUUUUUUUACCGCCACCGCUGUUGAUCCUUUCCUCAACUUCUCAACUCCCGGUGAUGUUUUUGAUGCUUUGGUUUGGUUCGGAUACUUUAACUCCACCUGUAACCCACUGAUCUAUGGUUUCUUCUAUCCUCGCUUUCAGAAGGCCUUCAAGAUUCUCAUAUCCACUUACAUCUGUGGCAGCAGCGACUCUCACACCUUGACAUUUGAAUGA